CGUAAAAAGCAUGCCCCUCGCUGCCUGGAAGCGAGUAACGGUAAAGGCUACUACGCGAGGAAACUGUUCCCAUCCUCCUCCUCCUCCUUUGCACAAAAAGGAAAAAAAACGCACGGGUGCAUGUGCGUGUUCCGGGAGGGGAGUGAACCUCCCCGCGGCGGUGUGAGCUUUGCCGGUUUCGGGGCUUGUUUCCACCUUUAAAUCGGAGCCUUCCAGCUGUCACCGGGCUCAUUUGUUCUCCUUUCGUUCCUUUCUCCGUGGAGCCGCCGCCGCCGCCGCACCGCGCGGAGACACCGGGACUUGACGCGCAGCCCGGGCUCGACCUGACUGGAAGUGGAUCAUUAAAGAACCGAUGACACACCCGUCACUGACCUCACAGAGUCAACAUCCCAUCGACAGCAGUGAUAUAGCGCAGCCCCUUCGCAUCUUUGGACAACAGGGGAGCUUGGUUUUUCUUGCACCUUCAGAACUCAGAACAUGCUAUUUCUGUCCACUGCACAUCCAUAGUUCUCAGCACACUGACUUUGACCGAGACGACAUGUCUAUGCUCAAGCGGAAGAGAAUCAGGACCUUUGCUCUGCUGUUUUGUGUCAUCACCUUUACAAUGUUCCUGUUCAGCUACAGUCUCUGGGACCCGUCGCUCUACUUCUUCAAGAACGCCUUUCGCCUGUCGGACAACCUUUUCUCCAAAGGGCCGUGUUCCUGUCGACAUUGCGUGACGGAGCUGGAUGAUGACCCCUGGUUCGCUGAUCACUUCAAUCGGUCCAUCCACCCUCUGAUGACCAGUGAGAACAGCGUCCUCUCUGAUGAAACCUUCAAAUGGUGGCAGUGGUUGCAGAUAGAGAAGCAGCCGGCCAAAUACAGCGAAGUGGUGGAGGAGCUGUUCCAAGUCAUCCCUGAUGAGGUGCUCUACAUGGACGCCAGCCCCGAGCGCUGCAGGACCUGCGCUGUGGUGGGGAACUCGGGGAACCUGAAGGGGUCCCAGUACGGCAGCCUCAUCGACUCCAGCAAGUUCAUCUUCAGAAUGAACCAGGCUCCCACCAGUGGCUUUGAGGAGGAUGUGGGAACCAGAACAACUCAUCAUGUCAUGUAUCCAGAGAGCGCCAUAGACCUGGACAACAACACCAGACUAGUUCUGAUCCCUUUCAAGACUCUGGAUCUUCAGUGGAUCAUUAGUGCCCUCACCACAGGCACCAUUAAACACACCUAUGCACCUGUUGUUUCCAGGAUAAAAGCAAACAGAGAUAAGGUGUUAAUUUACAAUCCCACAUUUUUCAAAUACGCCUACGAUUCUUGGCUCGAGGGUCACGGACGUUACCCUUCAACCGGCUUCCUCAGCUUACUGCUCGCUCUCCACAUAUGUGAUGAGGUCAGUGUGUUUGGAUUUGGGGCCGACCAGUACGGAAACUGGCACCACUAUUGGGAGGAUAACCACUUCCAACACACAGGGAUCCACGACGGAAGUUACGAACACAACGUCACCUUGCUGCUGGAGGAGAAGCACAAAAUCAAAAUGUUUCACUGAAGAUGAUACCAACCCUGUUAUGUGCAGUGGGACGAACCUCACACACUCACAGACGGCCUUUAAAUGAUGAUUUUCCCUACUGUUUGAGAAAUGUCACUCCUAUUGACAAACCCACGGUUUCUCUUUGUUCCCAGAAAAAGACCCUGACACACCGUCAAGACGAGACUAAAGCAACACUGCCACUUGUUUCAGGGCGUUUUCAUAUUACGUACAAUCGCUUUGCAACAUGCCUCAGUGGGAUUGUCCUCCCCCUCUCCGCCUGCCACUCAGCUUUCACAUAAGUAGUGUUAUUCUAUCCCCGACUACACACGCACAUCUGCACACUCUGAUACAGCGGGUUGUGUUAUGCAGCUGGCUGGUUUGUGUUCCAUUCCAACCAUAGACUGUAUUUAAAAAGGGAAGUCAUGAAAGCCCCUCUAAAGUGAAGCCAAAGCAUCGUGAUCGCCACCUGAUGCAGUAUUGGUCAUAAAUCCUGCCUCCUCCAUGUUACUGGAUGAGACAUGGGCCAAUCUAAAAAGCCAAAGUAAACGUGAUGGUUUAUGUAGUUAUUAUCACACUGAUUGUUUGUUCAAGUGCAAUUUUUUUUAUUGUUAUUUGAUGACAUAUAUAAACAGGUUGCGAUGUCAUGAUUGACAGCUGAGACUGACUCACAAUUGGUCAAGCUACUGCGCAGACUCUGGUUCCAAAUGUGCAAAAUGGCAGCGUUUGUAUCCGGGAUAUUUCGGAUACAUUUUUCAGUAGAGGGAGGAAGUGGACACGCGUCGUCCACCUUUAUAUACAGUCUAUGGUUGUGCCAAUAAACACAAAGAGGAGUACACCUGCAAUUGUGUCAUCAGGAAUGCAACAUUAUUUUCUGUCUUCAGACUUUUUUUUUGAGAAGUGGCACAUACUUCAUAUUCCAAAUCUUGGCAUUUCUUGUGUAUAGUGUUUAGUUUUGAUUGUAGCCUAUUUUUUUUCAUGUACCCAAAUUACAGGACAACCAUUUAAUUUCUUUAUUGGACUUGAGAGACAUUAACUCUGUCCCAAUUCAGGGUCUGCAUCCUUCGGGGCGUGAAGGAGGCAGUCAGCGUGGGCCACGUAGAUCAGGAAGGCCGAACCGAAAUGUGACGGUCUGGCCUACAGGGGAUUUCCGUGAUCGGUGUCUUUUUAUGUCUUUGAACUCAUUGAUUAUGGAUUCUAUAUUAUUUGCCUUCUGAAAUGAAGUGUUUUCAUUUUGAUUAUUGAUUCCUUGUUUAUUUUUGCCUUUUCCGAUGUCUCCUUGUGUUUAUUUUUGUGUUUGGAUUCAUGUUUUCUCCCUGAGUCCUGUUUCCUGUUUUAUUUAGUAGUUUCUGCUCCUUGUGUGUUUUCCACCUUUACUUCCUGUCUUUGUCCUGUUUCCCGCCCUUGAGAUUGUCUGCACCAGUUCCUCAUGUGUUUCACCUGUGCCCAAUUACCCCUGCCCCCAGUCUCUGUGCUUCCCUUUGUCUUUGUCAGUUCGUGGUCGUCUUCAUGGCCGUCUCACGUCACCCACCUCUAUCCUUCUUGUAAGUUCCUUGUGUCUCCUAGUGUUCCCUUGCCUUUUCUGUUUUUGCCCUUUUUGUGUUUCUGAGAACUUUAAUUUACCAGUGCUUUUUUGUUCAUGAACUUUUAGUUUUUUUGUGCUUUUCUGUUUGAGGACUUUUGUCAGCCCUGCCUCUUGUUUCCAGGUGCUUUUCGGUUUGUGGAUUUUUUGCCUCAUUAAAGGACACUUUCAGUUCAAGUUUUUGUCUCUGCAGCUUGGGUCCUCCUGCUUUAACUUAAACCCUGACAGUGCCAUCAGCUUGUCCCGCCCCUAUAACUGUCGCUUAGCAACAGCGCUGCAGAUGGACACCACAAGAAGGUUGUAAUGGCUCUUGGUUUUUCAACAUGUGAUAACUUGAAUGAUCAGAUGUCGCAUCGCUUCAUGACUUUGAAAAAUGGUUCAUCGCCGAAGCACAUUGAAUCCUGGGAUAGAUUGGCCCGGGAAGGAAGGAUCCACCCGUUGGAGCCUUAGUUUCUCUGAGAUGAAAGGACACGUUUGUUGGUCGCAUUUGAAGGAGCUAUCGAAAAUGGACACUCGGGCCACUUUGACGUAUUCAGUCUUUAAAUGCAGCCUCCGAAUUGACACACCCUCAGCCUCGUUUGAAAGGGUCAUGCGAAUAGAUACAAUUUCAAAUUCUAAACAGCAGUUCACUUCUGUAUUUCAGUGCGACACCAGACAACUAAAACAAAAUUUAUAAAUUAAAUGCCAGACUUUAGGGUUGUGGGAUGUGACAGCCCUCAUCAAAUUCUUCAAUCCCCAGUCAAACAUCAUCGUCAUUCACUGCUGAUCAAAAAGGAUCCGUCCAUAUCUGAGGCUUUUUAAAUACAAAAUGACAGGGGACAAAAAAGGCAUUUUAAUUAGCUAACAAUAAAAAAAACACUGAUUACACUGUAAAUAUCAUAAUAAAUUCCACCAUAUGGCAGUGAAGAUGUCACUCUGUCUGAUUGUGAAUCUCAUAAACUACUUGCACUGCAGAGCUACUUGUGUCUGAUUGCAGCUGUAAAAUACAGCUCAACGAUGCCAAGGGACACUUCAAGUCCAAAAUAAGGAGCAGGAGCAGCAGGAUAAUACCGAGAAAUCUGUCCAAACAUCCUCCGUUCUUGAUGUUGACAUGACUGCAUCACAUCAUUUGCACAGAUUCGUCAGUUGCACAAUCAAGCUGCCAAAAUUCUGUUCUACUGGAUUGACACCAGGUGACUGAAGAGGUCACUUAACUUAUUGCCAUGUUCACGAAAACCAGUUUGAGAAGACUUGCUUUGCAACGUGGAGCAAUAUCCUGCAAGAAGUAACCAUUACUAUGGUGUUACAUAUAUAAAGAAAUUAAACUGUGGCUGUAAAGAGAUGAACAUGCUCAGAUAGUCUGUGGCAUUCAAAUCAUUAUUGAUUGGUAUUAAGGUGCCUAAAGUAAAACCAUCACAGAGGCCAAGGCCAAACAGUCCUCUUAAACAAUCAAGCACCAAAUUGCACACACUCAUAGACAUCAGUCCCACAAUAUGUCUGGGAUUUUUUUCAUCAAGAUCCAUGAGUCUCAUAUUGUGCAAGAAAGUGAAAAAUCCGCCCCCUAAUUCGGACCUAAAUUUAAAGGGUUCUUCCCAGACCACAGCCUUCCAACAUCUGGUAGCUUUGCAUAAUCCUGCUAACUAAUAGACAAACAAGGCCCAACAGUCCCCUCAUAAAACUACAUCUAAAUACACUAGAUCUGUGUUUUUAUUUGGAUCUGCACCAAAUUUCCCUCACUCAUACAUAUCAGUCCCCUAAACCUGCCUGUUUGUUUUCAUCAAGAUCCAUGCAUUAUUCUCUGAGAAAUCAACAACAAAAAACACCCUAUCUCGCAACGGUUUCUGGAUUCGCACCCUGAACCAGAUCUACACAAACAUUUGAUUGGUUCUUCCCUUACUAAUACUGCAUCCUCUCACCAGAUUCUUGGUUAUCUGUCACGUCAUUUUUGUGUAAUCCUGCUCACAAACAAACAAACGGGCGGGGGUGAAAACAUAACCUCCUCUGCGGAGGUAAAUAUCAGUUUUAUUUGAACUACAUGGCUCAUUACGGAGUGAGCUGUCAGUGAUAACACAGUUUUGGAGUUGAUCUUGUAGGCGUCUUGUCUUGAUCUCAUGACUGCAGACCUACACUGAGGUGUGGAUUCAGCGUAGAGCUAUAGAUAAGUAAUCAAUGCGAUUUUUAGCCCAGAUGAAAAAUUGGUGUAAAGGUUUUUAAAUUCUUGAGGUUUCACACGCAGUUCUUUAUCUGGUUGUACGCAGGCAUUAGUGAUGGACAACUGAUACAGCCUACACUGGGGUGCCUUAUCAUAUCAGUGAUGUACUGUACAUUUUUAAUGUACACUGUGACGUGCAUUUCUAAUGAAAAGUAGGCGCGAAGUGCCUUUGAUGGGAGUUGUUUUUUUUCACUCGCAUUGUACUGGGUUGUAACUUUCUUUGUUAUUUCUAAAAUAGUUAGUAAACUUUACAAGUUUGCAUUAUGUUAUUCUUGUGUAAAUUUUUUAAAUGAUAUGCAUGAUACAUACUACAUAGCCAUUUUAGAGAGUCUUGUUUGUACCACUAAGCAAAAUACUGUAAGGCAUCUACGUCAAUAUUUUUGCAGGUUUGAUGAGGCUGCAGUGGCUUCAGAAAGUAUCAGACCCAUUCACUGUUUGCACUCUUUGUUAUGUUAUAGACCUAAUUUAAGUAAAAAUUUCAGUUCGGUUUUUUAAAUAUUUUUCCCAAAAUCUCUUAAUUUGAUUUGAUCAAUUUGAUCAUUGUGAGUUGCUGAAGGGGUUUGAAAAGGAUAUCUCUUCUUUUCUUUGUUCAAAGCUUGAAAUUACUUGUAAAUGUGUGACUCAUUGCUUCAGAAAACACAAAAGCACUUAUCCUGCCCUCCUGUAAUCAUUUUGAUCUGAAAUAUCGUACAUAUUGUUUCAGAUCCAUCAGGCCUAAUAGACUAUGAUUUGCUCCAUGUGCCUUGUUUCAUAAUGGGACUUGAGCCCAGUCAGUGUCUUCAUGUUCUUUUUCCCUCUCCCUGUGAGAACAGGUUGAUAAGAAUAGAAACCACACUGUUUGUCGAGUUCAAAUCGUUCAGCCACGCUGUCUGUAUUAACAGUUUGUUCUGCAGGGGACACUGUCACCUAGUGGACAGGAACAUGCAUCAGCAUUAACGUCACUUGAUUUGUCCUUUGAGAGAUGAUGUGAUGACUUAAUAUUAACACUUUAAAAACUGUAUUCAUUGUUUAAUGAUUAAACAUAAUUACAAAGCC